CUGCUCGCGCAUGCGCCACCCGAAGAGGAAGGAAAGAUUCGCUUGGGUCUGGAGCGGAGGCCGAGAGAUGGCUCCUAGGGCGCAUGCGCAGUGGCUGCGGCGGGGCUUCUAGUCCGAAGCGUCGUAUGGAGGGGAAGGCAGAGAAGCGGCGAUGGCGGGCUGAAGAACUGAUUCCUUGGCUGAUUGGCUGAUUUCUCUGCUUCUGACUCCGUGGCUCAAGUCACCAUGUCGGGGGCAACAAGUAAGCGUGCAGCUGGAGAUGGGGGCUCAGGGCCCCCUGAGAAGAAGGCCAACAGGGAGGAGAAGACCACCACAACCUUGAUUGAACCCAUCCGGUUAGGAGGCAUCUCUUCUACGGAGGAGAUGGACCUGAAGGUGCUUCAGUUCAAGAACAAGAAGUUGGCUGAGCGCUUGGAGCAACGGCAGGCCUUUGAGGACGAACUACGCGAGCGCAUAGAGAAGCUGGAGAAGAGGCAGGCUACUGAUGAUGCCACUCUCUUGAUUGUCAACCGAUACUGGAAGCAGCUCGAUGAGACAGUGCAAGUGCUCCUGAGACGUUAUGAUGGAAGUUGUGAACAGACCCAAGAAGAACCCAAGUUGGAAAUUGUAGGAGGGGAGCUGGAUCCCUCAGGCCUGGGACAAGAGGGAUCAGAGAGAAGGGAGGCAGUCCUGUCCCCCAUCACUCCUCCUGCCCCUUGGAAAGGAGGGGACCUUGUGCUGAAUGAGCCAGCCCUUUCCUUCCUGGCAGCCUUGGCCAGCAGCAGCAGUGAAGAGAUCGAGCUGGAGCUUCAAGAGCGCAUGGAGUUCUCCAAAGCAGCUGUUUCACGUAUUGUGGAAGUCUCUGACAAGAUCCACCGGGGCACUGAAGAACUCUGCCAGAAAAUCCAUUCUCGUGAGUUUGACCAGCUAGAAGAAGCAGUGAAGGCUCUCAACAAGGACCUGACGAGAGAGAACCGGCAUCUGCAGGAUCUGACCACUCAGCUGCAGGAGAAGCACCAUAAGAUCUCCCUGGAGUACACAGAGUUGCAGGACAAGGUGACUUCAUCAGAAACCAAAGUGUUGGAGAUGGAAACAACAAUUGAGGACUUGCAGUGGGACAUAGAGAAGCUGCGCAAGAGGGAACAGAAGCUGAACAAGCACCUGGCUGAGGCACUGGAGCAGCUAAAUUCUGGUUAUUACGCAUCUGGCAGUUCUGGCGGGUUCCAGGGUGGGCAGAUCACACUCAGUAUGCAGAAGUUUGAAAUGUUGAAUGCAGAGCUAGAAGAGAACCAAGAACUGGCCAAUAGUCGAAUGGCAGAGUUGGAGAAGCUGCAGCACGAAAUGCAGCAAGCUGUUAGGACCAAUGAAAAGCUCAAGGUGGCGCUCCGAAGUUUGCCCGAGGAGGCAGUGAAAGAGACGCUGGAGUACAAGGUGCUGCAGUCUCAGUUCUCGCUGCUGUACAAUGAGAGCCUGCAAGUGAAAACACAGCUGGAUGAGGCUCGGGCCCUUCUGCUCACCACCAAGAACAGCCACCUACGUCACAUUGAGCAUAUGGAGAGUGAUGAGCUGAACCUUCAGAAGAAGCUGCGGACAGAGGUGAUCCAGCUAGAAGACACACUGGCUCAGGUGCGCAAAGAGUAUGAAAUGCUGCGCAUUGAGUUUGAGCAGAACCUGGCCGCCAAUGAACAAGCAGGUCCCAUCAAUAGAGAGAUGCGUCACCUGAUCAGCAGCCUCCAGAACCACAACCACCAGCUGAAGGGUGAUGUGCAGCGCUACAAGCGUAAGCUCCGGGAAGUGCAGGCAGAGAUCAACAAGGUUCGGAUGCAGCAGAGUGGGUUUUCUUCUAGUUCAGCACCUCCGCCCCCCACAGCAGGAAAUGAAGACCCUGGAGGGAUGCACGGACCCCCAGGGGGAGCCACAAUAAAAGAGGAAGAGGGGGCAGCCCAUCCUGAAGUGAAGAAGGAGCCCAAGGAGAUUCAAAUCAAGAAGGAGCCCAAAGAAGAGCCAGUCACUCAGCCACUUGGGAGCCAUGAGGGGGUGAAAAAGGAGGAAGAGGAGCCCCCUGCCUCCCAACCACCCGCCCCACAGCUGCCCCCGCCUCCCCGAAUCAAGGAGCCUGAGAGGUCCAAGGGACGGGGUAGCGACCGAAGCGUGGAUCGUGAGAGGUCCCGGGAUCGAGACAAAGAAGCCUCUUCAUCAUCGUCAUCUUCCUCCUCCUCAUCCUCACGGGACCGGGAGAAACAGAAGGGUAGUGAGGAUGCCAAAAAGAAGGAUUCAGAUUUGCUGAAACAGCUGCGGACUGAACUCAAAAAGGCACAGGAGAGUCAGAAAGAGAUGAAGCUCCUCCUGGAUAUGUACAAGUCUGCCCCCAAAGAGCAGCGGGACAAGGUCCAGCUCAUGGCAGCAGAAAAGAAGACAAAGGCCGAGGUGGAGGAGCUGCGGGUGAGGAUCCGUGAGCUGGAGGAGAAGGAAAAAAAGGAGAGCAAGAAAAUGGCUGACGAAGAUGCUCUGCGAAAGAUCAAGUUGGCUGAGGAGCAAAUUGAGCACUUGCAGAAAAAGUUGGCUGCAACCAAGCAGGAGGAAGAGGCGCUCUUGUCCGAAAUGGACGUCACAGGCCAGGCUUUUGAGGAUAUGCAAGAGCAAAACAUGAGGCUGAACCAGCAGCUGCGUGAAAAGGAUGAUGCCAACUUCAAGCUAAUGUCGGAGCGCAUCAAGUCCAAUCAGAUCCACAAGCUGCUGCGUGAAGAGAAAGAUGAGCUAGCUGAACAGGUGCUGGCCCUCAAAUCUCAGGUUGACACCCAGCUGCUGGUGGUGCAGAAGCUGGAGGAGAAGGAGCGUGUUCUGCAGGGGAACCUGGCCACAGUCGAGAAGGAGCUCACCCUGCGCAGCCAGGCCCUGGAGCUCAACAAGAGGAAGGCAGUGGAAGCUGCCCAGUUGGCAGAAGACCUGAAGGUGCAGCUGGAGCAUGUGCAGUGCAAACUGAAGGAAAUCCAGACCUGUAUGGCUGAGAAUCGGGCUGCCAAGGAGAAGGAGUCCUUCAACCUCAAAAGAGCUCAGGAGGACAUCUCUCGCUUGAGGCGCAAACUGGAGAAGCAGCGCAAGGUGGAGGUGUAUGCGGAUGCGGAUGAGAUCCUGCAGGAGGAGAUCAAAGAGUACAAGGCCAAGCUCACCUGCCCCUGCUGCAACACCCGCAAGAAGGAUGCUGUCCUCACCAAAUGCUUCCAUGUCUUCUGCUUCGAUUGCGUCAAGACCCGCUAUGACACCCGCCAACGGAAAUGUCCCAAGUGCAACUCGGCCUUCGGAGCCCACGAUUUCCACCGCAUCUACAUCAGCUGAAUUGCUGGCCUCUGUUUUCCUAUCCAAGGGGAUUCCUUUCACAGACUGCCUGGAUCUCUUGGUUAAAGACCUGUCUUGAGCGCCUCCAAGUCGCAUUCCCAUCUGUUCUCUGGCUCUCCUUUCUGUUUAAAAUCUGUUCUGUGAGGCUUCUUUUCAGUGGAUCUGUUUCUCGGUUGUUUUUGUUUCCUCCCUUCUGUACCUUUCGUCUUCCUGGGUCUCUUCACUGGAUACCCCUCCUCUUCCCUCCCUUGGUAUCCCAAAUUAUUUUUCCUCCUGUUCUUCUUCCCUCUUCAAAUUGCCUUUGGGCUGCUUUGUUUUUUUUUUUUUCUUCUCUUCUUAAGCCAUUUUGAAAACUUCCAUGGCACAAGUUCACUGCAGGCAGCUGUCAUGCAGUUCCAAUGCUCUCUUACAAAGAGGGGCUUUUUUCUUUUAUCAGUUAUUUUAAGGAUUGCUUUCAGUGUUUUUGGAAGUAAAAGCUGGAGAUAUUUCUCUGUUCCUCAGAA